UAAAUAAUCGCCCCGGGCGGUAAUCCGUCAUUUUGUUGUUUACUUUUCUGUAAUGUGCCUCGCCAGCAGAGCUCCAUUUUUAAAGAAAAGAAGUGGACUUUUUGGGAUUUUAAAGCAUAUUAUAAACACGUUAUGUUUCAUCAGAGCACACAAAAAAGGUUUUGGCUUCUGCAAAACUGUAGCAAUAUUGCAGAUGUGCAAAUUUUAGCUAACAAGGCAUUUACAGAAAAACACAAAGCUUUGUGCAAACAGUAUUCAAUCCCUGAACCCGAAGAAUAUAUGGCUUAUCGUGAAGAAAAGUUGCUUCUUAUUUAUUAUUCACAUAUUAUUCAUAAAAUAUGUCGUAAGUUCAAACCACCAGUCCCCAUGUCUGUUGUUGGUAUGUCAAUAGCAUAUUUUAAAAGAUUUUAUUUAAACAGUUCCGUCAUGGAAUACCACCCUAAAGAUGUUGUAUAUCUUUGUGUUUAUUUGGCAUGUAAGGUGGAUGAGUAUAAUGUGUCUAUCGACCAGUUUAUGGGUCAGGUUGUAUCUAGCCCAAGACCAGAUCUUCAAAUGUUUAUUAUUGACAAUGAGUUGCUACUUCUCCAGAAGUUGAACUUUCAUCUAACUGUUCAUAGUGCGUAUAGGCCAUUGGAGGGUUUUUUAAUUGAUUUAAAAACAAAGGAUUUGCCUGGUAUUGUUAAUGUUGAACAGUAUCGUCAGAAUGCUGAGAAAUUUUUAUCUAACAGCUUGCUUUCUGAUGUGUCUUUGCUUUAUCCUCCAUCACAAAUUUCGUUGGCUGCUUUAAGUUUUUCAAUGGGAAAUCAUUUUAUGGUGUAUCUCGAUAAAUUAACUGAUGGCAAAGACAACAAGCAAUUGUUAGAGAAAAUAGAAAUCAUGAAGGGAAUGGUAGUGAAUUUUAAAUUUCCAACGAAUGAUGAGAUUAGCAUUAUUGAACAAAAACUUGAGAUGUGUAGAGACCGUGAACAUGACCCCACUUCUGAAGAUUACCACGGACGAGAAAGGGAAAGAAAGGAAGCAAAAGAGUUAGAAAAGAAAAAGAAAUAUGAAGAGCUGAAUGAUAUGCAGAAUGCUGAGGAUGCUGUUAUGUUGGCCCAGGAGAUGUCAGAUUAAAAUUUAUUGUGGUUUCUAAAACUAUGCUUCUUGUUUUUCUGGUUGUUUUUCUUUCAAUUUAAUGCUUUUUUGUUUUUUGUUUAUUUAUAUAUUUAAUUUUUCCAUCUGUAAAAUGACUUGAUAAUAUUUGUAUUAUUCAAUAAGAUAGAUUUAGUUGGACAGAAUAACAAAAAAGUCACGA